UCAGAGAUGAUUAUCCUGUGUGUCUGUUUCUUUUUGACUAACUGCUCAAUUUAAUCAUUGACUUUUUUCCCCUUUCAUCUGUGAGCUGUUCAAUAACCGUCAGUGACGUCACGCCACUUCCUUUCUGUAGGGGAAGUCAGUGACGGAAGACAAAUCUGCUUAUCAGACAAAUCUGCUGAUCAGCCAAUCUGCGGCUUGUCUUUCUCUGCGGGUGUUAUUUUCCUCCUUCCCUUGUCUCCUCCGUCCUUCUGUACUUCUCCUCUUCCGCAGCGUGGUGAUGCUCCCGCUUGGCAUGGCCGUCUCGGGCGCCUCGUCUGCAGGCUGGCAGUAGAUCGGCCGGUUGGUGCUGGUCCCUCCGUCAUGGUGCAGAAAUCCCGGAACGGCGGGGUGUUCCCCGGAGCGCAGGCCGACCCGAAGAAGCUGAAGGUGGGCUUCGUGGGUCUGGAGGCCGGAGGGACCGAGUCCAGCAGGGACGGAGCUCUGCUCAUAGCAGGUGGGGAGGAGGGUCCUCGGCGGCAGCGCAGCAGCAUCUCCGGAGUAAAGAAACCUCCGAAGAGAAACGCCCUCUACAGACGACUGCAGAACUUCCUGUACAACGUCCUGGAGAGACCUCGAGGAUGGGCCUUCAUCUACCACGCCUACGUGUUCGUGCUGGUGUUCUCCUGUCUGGUUCUCUCCGUGUUCUCCACCAUCAGGGAGUACGAGAAGUCUUCAGAGAACGCUCUCUACACUCUGGAAGUGGUGACCAUCGUGGUGUUCGGGGUGGAGUACAUAGUGAGGAUCUGGGCUGCAGGUUGCUGCUGUCGGUACAGAGGAUGGAGAGGACGACUCAAAUUUGCCAGAAAACCUUUUUGUGUCAUCGACGUCAUGGUGUUGAUAGCAUCCAUCUCAGUGUUGGCUGCAGGGACUCAGGGGAACGUCUUUGCCACUUCAGCCAUCAGGUCGCUUCGUUUCCUUCAGAUUCUGAGGAUGAUCAGGAUGGACCGACGGGGAGGAACCUGGAAACUGCUGGGAUCAGUGGUCUACGCCCACAGCAAGGAGUUGAUCACUGCGUGGUAUAUCGGCUUCCUGUGUCUCAUUCUGGCCAGUUUCCUCGUUUAUUUGGCAGAAAAAGAGGACAACGACCAGUUUGAGACGUAUGCAGAUGCCCUCUGGUGGGGACUGGUGAGACAACACACACACACACUAAUACUAAUACUUUUGCAGGUGUGCUGGAUGACGACGUCACAGUACAGUCAGGUACAGGUGUCCUGGAUGAUGAUGUCACAGUACAGUCAGGUACAGGUGUGCUGGAUGAUGAUGUCACAGUACAGAUAGGUAC